AGAUUAAGGUUACAGUGUGUUUGACGAGGCAGACGACAGGUUAUCAAUGUCUCGCUUUCGCAAAUCGAUGUUUACAAUUUUAAGCGAAAUCCAAAGCUAACACGGAAUAUUUUUUCUCAAAUUUCACUGAAAUUUAUCCCGCUUUCUUUGUUUUCUUACUCUAAUUGAUGCUGCUAAGCUCUCUAAAAUGAUACAGGACGAUGAUAUAGCUGCUUCAUUUUCAUCUUUAUCCACGGAGAAAGCUCAGCUGUGUGCUGUAAUUUAAUUACUGUCUGCUUUACUCUUGACAUACAAAAUCAAUAUUACCAAAGCAGCUAUUCAGUAAAAGGGUAACUUUGCUUGCAGCAGCAGCAACAGCAGCAGCAGCAGUAAUGACAACACUGGCAAUGCACGUAACAGCAUAUAAACACUACUGAAACCGAAACCUAUCUUUUAAUUCUACAAACAGGUGGCUUUCAUAUGUGUAAAAUAUAAGAGAAAAAUUAUAAGAAAAGGAAUAUGGAUUUUUAAUUACUUCAUCUCAGAUUUUUAUCUCCUGCACUUAUCCACUAAUGAUUAAUCAUGUCAGCUAACCUGCCUUUGUUUAUAUAUAAAUGUUACAUUACCACUGCAGCAUCUACUGCUACUGUUGCUAUCCCUGCAAAUACUGCUGCUGUUGCUGCCUCUACCGCUACUUCUUCAAAACAUAUACUUAUUAUUGAUACUGUUGUCUGUGAUACAUGAAAAGAUAAAGCAGUGAAAAGGAUCCUCAUUUCUGUUUUUGUAUUUAUGAAAAGAUGCUUGAAACCAAACAAUCUUUGCAAUUAUAAACUGUCCUAAGGAGACAGCAUGUCCAGGAUCUUUCUAAAUGCUGCUCCAUCCUCAUCACGUGUUUUGAUUUAUUUAUUUUUUUUUUAUACAUUGUUACAUUUGUGUCGUAAGGAACCAGCCUCUUAUUGAUGUUACUGUAUCUGCUACAUAAUUAGCUUCAAUGUGUUAGCUUCACUUUGAAAAGAUUCAAGUAAGAAAUGGCUGAGAAUUCAGACACAGAGAUUACCAAUUUAAUGAGUGCUUCCUCUAAGAAGGAAAAGAAGAAACCAGACUGGCAUCGUUUUGGACUCAGCUGGGAGCAAGCAAAGGCAACUGACAGCUAUUCUGGUUUUUUGACUGAUAACAAUGAAGCAUUUUAUCAACAUGCUGAUGAGGGUAAACAGAAUGAACUUUUUGCUGAAGAUUUGCAAUUAUCCCAUAAACCAUGGUGGAAAGCCAAUUUUUUCAUCUCAGAACCCAUUCUAUUUGGGACUUGGGAUGGUGUUUUUACAUCCUGUCUUAUCAACUUACUUGGAGUUGUUAUCUUUCUGCGAAUGGGAUGGAUUGUGGGCAAUACUGGGAUUUGGUUGGCUAUUGUAGUUAUUUUAUUUUCAUCGGGAGUUGUUUUAAUUGUGUCCCUGAGUGCCAUUGGAGUAUGCGAGCGGUGUAAGAUGGAUGGUGGAGGAGUCUACUUCCUCAUCUCACAUGUACUUGGAGGCAGAAUUGGUGGCAGUGUUGGUGUAAUGUAUUGCUUCUCACAGGCUGCUGGUUGCUCCUUAUCAGUAAUGGGUUUUGGAGAAUCCAUUAUGGGUUUAAUGGAAGACUCUAAUCCAUGGAUUGCACGAGGGAUUGCUACUGCUGUUGUGCUGCUGCUUUUAGGUAUUAAUGUAGCAGGUGUUAAAUGGGUGAUUCGAGUUCAGUUGGUGUUGCUGGUUAUUAUUUUCCUAUCAGUGAUGGAUUUCUUAGUUGGAUCCUUUGUCCACACAGAUCCAGCAAAUGGUGUAUUGGGCUAUUUAGCUUCAAAUCUGAACAACAACAGCCAGUCUGACUUUUUAGAGGGAGAAUCAUUUUUUACCAUCAUGGGCUUAUUCUUUUCUACGGUCACUGGAAUAUUGGCCGGCAUUAAUAUGAGUGGUGACCUUCAUGAUCCUUUCAAUAACAUUCCAACAGGCACUCUCUCAGCUUUAGGAGUUUCUACCUUCUUAUAUGUUGCUAUUGCAACUGUUCUUGGGGCAACCUGCACAAGAGCUUCACUUCAGGGUUAUUAUAUGAUAGCAGAAAAGGUUUCUGUUAUUGGAAUUCUUUUUCUGGCUGGUUUAUACAUAUCUUCAAUUUCUUCAUGUAUGGGUAGUUUAUAUGGGCCACCCCGAAUUCUCCAGUCUAUAGCCAAUGAAAAUGUUAUUCCUGCCAUCAAACUACUUGGUCAAGGGAAAGGUGCUAACAAGGUUCCUGUCUAUGCUCUUGUUGUGGUGACAUUAGUGAUUCUUCUGUUUGUUGUUGUUGGUGAUGUAAAUACUUUGGCUCCAGUUGUCACCACCUCUUUCAUGUUCACCUACGCUGCUGUUUGUUAUUCCUACUUUGCACUAGCAAUGAGCUAUGACAGACGUCAGCAGCAAGAUGCCAAGUACUCUGUAAAGCCUGUGGAGAACACUUUAAAAUCAGAAUUGGACGGUAAAGAAUCAUCAGAUUACGGUUCCACCCACCAAGCUAAGCAACAGACUAUACACAAAGAUUCUUUCCAGCGUUUUGCUACUGACUUAGACAAACUUUUCCCUGAACGCCUCACUCAUCGUGGUCAACACCAUCUUGCAAGGCAACAGUUGGAUGAAAAUUCUCCUACUACACCUGAAGAAGCAGUUUUUGAUAUAACUACCAGACAUUUAGAAAAGCAAAAUGCAGAUAAAGUUACUGAUGCCAAAGAAGAUGCAGGAGAUACAACCAAACUUUUAGUGGAACCAAAACCUGCAAUGAUUGACCAAAAAGGACCCAAUACAGAAAUUCAUCAACAACCCCAAUCCUGGUACUCUUUGCUAUGUAACCGUUGGAUAUCUUUAAUAGGUACCUUCAUCUGUAUCAUUGUUAUGUUUUCCAUACAAUGGUUAUAUGCUCUUGGAGAAAUUUUAUGUUUUAUUGGUAUAUAUAUGUAUAUAGGACAGGCUACACCUGGUUAUUUUCCUGGUAUAGCUGAAUUUAAUUUAUAUGACUGGAUUAAAAGAGGCUGUUUGGUAUGUUUAAAGGGCAGUCAGUCAGGGAAAGAACAGUAUGUGGUACCACCCAAUACACCAGCAGUCCAAACCUUUGCAUCCCAGCUCACCGAAGACAAUGAAGAUUUUGCCAGUCGCAACCGCUAUCACCAGUCAGAGGUAGUGAAGGGAGAAAACUUCGAUGACUACAACUGAAACAGCAUGUUGGGGGUCAGUGGCAUUGAUGGACAGUGGCUGAGGUCAUAAGAUAGCUCAGUGACAUCAGUGAUACAAUGAUACGUUGUGUCACUAUUGUCAACCGCCUCACCACAACUUCACCACGACCUGACACAUACACAUACAACUUUGUGUCUGUAUGCAUGUACAAAUAACUGUGUAUGUGUGUGUGUGUGAGAAAGAGAGAAUUGAAGUAUAUGUGUCUGUUUGAUAAAACUUAAAUCUGGAACAAUAUGGAGAGAAGACUCAUUGUGACACCCCUUUGAUAUAUUCAACAAUCAAUGAUCCAAUGAGGGUGACUAUGUAGUCGUUUGACCUGCUACAAAUAGCUGCUAAAUCUCCCUCCCUCAAAUCACUCUCCAUCAUCUUAAAAAAAAAAGGACACAUAUUAGAUAAAGCAAUCCUAGAUGGGAUGGUCAUAGCUGAAUGGUCAUGCUUUUCAUCAUAGGUCUACUCAAUCAGAGUUGACCUGAAGCUAAACAAUCAACUCCUCUUGCUGUUUUUUUCAUUCCACCACAUGUGAUAUAUAUUUUGGUCCAUGUUUGUCAAAUUUGUCCUCUGUCCAUUCAUGAGAUAUCAUCAUUCUUUGCUUGUGCAGUUGGUUGUUCAAGAAUAUGUUAUAUCAAAACAUGGUUCAUAUUUGAAACCCAAACAAUAUGUGUAUGUGUUUGUGUGUGUGUGUGUGCACAAGUGUGUAUAUAUGUAGGGAGAGAGAGAGAGAGAGAGACUGAGAUAGCUGCACACAUUUUAAUGUAUUAUACAUGUCCACAUAUAUCUAUAUGUACAUAUCUAUGUAUAUAUCUGUAUAAGGGUGUGAGUGUAUAUGUAUAUGUGAUUGGUGAGUGUAUGUGUGUGUAUGUAUUAUAUAUAUGUGUACAUACUAGACAGUAUGUAUAGCCGAAUGGCUAGAAUAUUGGACAAAACACUUUGCUGUAUUUGGUUAUGUUAAGUGUUCAAAUCCUGCCCAGGUUCACUUUACCUUUCAUCCGCUUGAGGUUGAUAAAAUAAGUACUAAUCAUUUACUUGUUACAGAAAAUCAGCUGUGCUCCAGCAUGGCUAUAGUCCAAUAAUUGAAACCAAUAAAAGAACAUACAAUACCACAAAAUAUAGGUAGGUGUGUAUGUAGGUGAAAGUUUAUAUAUAUGUAUUCAGCUGCCAAAGAUAACAUUUAUCUCGUGGGUACUCUUUGCUUAAAUCUCAGAUUUUAUAUUUGCUAUGAAGAAAAAAAAAAUGAAUUAACACUUAUCCCUAUCUCUGCCAGCAUUAAAUUAUACUGAUGUAAACUAGGUAAUAAUGUCAUCAUCAUCCUUAUA